CUGAAGAGCAGCAACCAAACUCCAUUAAUGGCGAAACCGAAUUUGAUUCUCCUCUCUCUCCUCACUUUCUCUCUCUUCUCUCUCUCCUAUCCGCUCCCCUCCAUCGCUGUCCUCAACGCCGAAGAGAUCCUCUCCAACUCCGGCUUCGUCGCCAUGGCCCUAACCCUAGAUCUCGUCUCCGCCACCCUCACUUCUCAACCACCGUCCGCCACCAUCUUCUCUCCCUCCGACGCCGCAUUCUCAUAUUCCGGCCAGCCACCCCUCUCUCUCCUCCAGUUUCACUUCUCUCCCCUCGCUUUCUCCCUCGACAGCCUCCGAUCGCUUCCCUAUGGCACCAAGAUCCCCACCUUGUCCUCCGGCAAGUCAUUGAUAGUCACCACAUCGGCUUUGGAUCAGCAAGUUUCUCUCAAUAAUGUCACAAUCAAUGGAUCGCCGAUAUACGACGAUGGAUCGUUGAUUAUCUUUGGAAUCGACAAGUUUUUUGAUCCGAAUCUGGAAGUGGUUUUGUUGCCGAUUCAAAGCCCUAGCCCCGAUCUCCGCUGCGUGGCUUCAACAACAACAACAAGAACAACUUGGAGCUAUUUGUCUCGUGGUUAUUCGUUUGAUGAAGCUUCUGGAAUGCUGAGAUCGAGAGGGUACUCUGUCGUGGCUUCGUUUCUUGAUCUGCAAUUGGUGCUAGCGUUAGUUGAUCGGCCGAAUCUGACUGUGUUCGCUCCUGUUGAUGAUGUGAUGCUUGAAUAUGUCGGCAAUGUUAGUGAAUACUCAUCCUUGUUUCUUCGACAUGUUGUUCCUUGCAAGCUUAGAUGGACUGAUCUAAUUAAUUUUGAAGACGGAACAGAGUUGAGGACUUUUUCCGAUGGAUUUACAGUAAAAAUUACGAAAAACAAUGACCUGUUGAUGAUAAAUGGAGUUCCGAUAUCAAUUCCGGACAUGUUUGACAGUGAUUGGCUUUCUGUUCAUGGUCUUCACAAAGUCCUAGAGAUGCCGGAAACGCCAGUUGUUCAAGAGGACGAGUCUCCAUCGUCUGAAUUUGGAGAGGAGUGGAUCGCACCGGACCGUAGUGAAUUUUGAGCUCAAACUGAUGUUUGGUGUUGUUGACUGUAAGUUCACUGAAUAUGUUGCAAUUUGUGGUUGUGGUGUUAGAACACACUCUCUUUCUGGUGCUGUCAAGAUUACUUCCACUUCUCUGUUUCACCAUCUCACUCAACUUUACUGAAAUUUGAAUGUAGCAAGUUUAGAGAUUUGCAUAUUGGUAGCUUCUCUUAGAUCUGGAUUUUCUGCUUGAGGUGUGUAUACCGAUGUAUUCUGAGGAAAAGUGGAUGGAUCAGUAAUAAAAGUUUGUUGAACUUCUGAAA